AUGUUGGCAGCCUACUUUGAUUGCCCAGGAGGCCCAGAAAAUCUCUAUGUGAAAGAAGUGAUGAAACCGCACCCAGGAGAAGGAGAAGUUCUUGUGAAGGUCUCUGCCAGCGCUCUGAAUAGGGCUGAUUUACUCCAGAGGAGAGGGAAGUACCCUCCCCCCAAAGGAGCAAGUGAUAUUUUAGGCUUAGAAGCAGCUGGGAGUGUGGCUGGGCUCGGACCUGGCUGCAAGGGCCGGUGGAAGAUUGGCGAUGCAGUGAUGGCUCUGCUCUCCGGAGGUGGCCAGGCAGAAUACGUUACAGUACCCGAAGGCUACUUGAUGCCAAUUCCCAGUGAUAUGACUUUUAUUCAGGCUGCAGCCAUUCCCGAAGCCUGGUUAACAGCCUUUCAGCUGCUGCAUUUUGUAGGUAAAGUACAGAAGGGCGAAAGAGUGCUGAUCCAUGCUGGAGCUAGUGGAGUUGGUAUGGCAGCCAUUCAGCUGGUGAGACUGGCAAAAGCUAUUCCUAUCGUGACAGCAGGAACUCAAGAGAAACUGAAAGCAACAACAAACGCGGGAGCAGCUGUGGGGUUCAACUACAAGAAUGAAGAUUUUAGUGAAAAGGUCUUGGCAUUCACCCAAGGUUCUGGAGUAGAUCUUAUUUUAGACUGUGUUGGUGGCUCAUACUGGGAGAAGAAUAUCAACUGUCUGAGUACUGAUGGCCGGUGGAUUAUUUAUGGACUACUGAGUGGAGGUGAAGUACAUGGAGAUUUGCUUGCAAGGUUGCUUUCCAAAAGAGCGAGUAUCCAUACAAGUCUAUUACGAUCACGAGACAAGGAGUAUAAGGAACGCCUGGUGAAAGCCUUCACAGAAGACGUGCUACCGUAUUUUUCUGGAGGAACCUCCCCUCACCUCCAACCACUUCUCGACAGCAUUUACCCUCUGCAGGAGAUUGCCGAGGCACACAGGAUCAUGGAAGAAAACAAGAAUAUUGGCAAAAUUGUCAUCGAAAUGCCUGCUUCAUCUUAAAGAGAGGCCUACUGCUGUAGUUGUUUGGGGGACAGAAUCGUUAGGGGUGUUUGACAAGCUGAGAAUCUGCCCUUUCUGCUUCCAAAUCUGGA